AUGCGGAUCCUUGCCGUGACGGGCGAAACGGGUACCUCCUUGUGGACACCGGCCCGACAGACCCUCUACACCGUAGACGACACGCCCCUGGACACGAAGGGCACGGUGGAGCCAGUUCUUAAACUGGGCAAGCACCACCGCCAGGAGGCAAGGAAAACGUUAGAGGUGGUGAGCGGGGUCACAGAUGACAUUUUGUCAGUGAACCGCGCUGUGGACGCAGGGGCGCGGGUGGUGUUUGAUGCCGCCGACUCGUACAUAGAGUGGCAAGACGGCUCUCGGGCGGACUUCGUUCGUAGCGGGCGUCAGUUCCUCAUGCCCUACACCUUCGCAGGAAAACCGCGCAAGCGAGCGAGGGCCCAAGCCGUCGAAGAGUUCGCACGAGCGGAGGCCGCCGCCGAGGAGGAGCGGCGAGCCCUGGCAGCCGACCCGGGCGGAAGCUUGGAGAGCGGGCCGCCACCGCCGGACCCAGAGCCGCAGACCGAGAGCGUGCCUGUGGAUCCGAGCGAGGAAGACAGGGAGCGCCACAAGCUGACGCACCUUCCCGUUAGCGCCUGGUGCCAGGCGUGCGUGCAAGGAGCAGGCCGUGGCGGGAUGCACCGCGCAUGGCUCUUUAUGGAGCGUGCCCAUCUGUGCAUGGAUGUGGAUGCGUUCGUCUCUGUUCGCCCUUCUGUGGCCGCGACUUGUCUGCAUGGACUGGCGGUUCAUUCGCGCAAGACAUGCGACGGGGCUCCGGGCACAGCUGACGACGUCAGGAUGGCAUAUGCAAAGCCACUCUUGGCACUUCAGCAAUCAUUGAUGAUGCAUUCGGGGACGCCCGCGGAUUCUGUGCCGGAUGACUGCAGCCUCGAUGCCCAGAAGCGGUAUCGGCAAUCCAUCGAAUUGCGAGCCCGCCAUCUUCAAAGGAUGUCCCACACACAGGAGAGGAAGUUGAACGAUUUGUAUGUGGAGCUCAUGGGAUCCGAUCGUAUUGGAAUGGAGGGCUCCGACGGCACUGCCAGCUUUGACACCAUGGAAGCAGCAUUGAAGAAACGACAAGCAGAACUUGACUGGCUGCUUGAGACAACGGAAGCUGCGAUCUCGCGCAAACGCGCGACAGUUGCCAUCGGGACAGAGAGCCCGUCAGCCCCAAGCACAGUUGCAGAUGUUUUGCACCGACGAAGUUUGACACAGAGACUGAACCACACGGUUAGCGAUUCGUUGCUUAAGCUGCAGCGCAGUUCGCUGAUGCCGGGUGCGGAAGCCCGGAAGCUCUCAGGCAAUUCCAAGUUCGUGUGCUUCCCAUGGGAGUCCGGUGGCGGUGGCACUUUGGCAGUGAUUCCUGCGACCCAAUUCGGGCGAUUGCCGCGAGAGACGCCGUUGGUGGCCGGUCACACAGGAGGCAUCAUGGACUUCGAGUUCAGCCCCUUCGACGACCACCUUCUGCUAAGUGCCAGCGAAGACUUAACCAUGAAACUCUGGCAGAUCCCAAGCGAUGGGCUCAAGCAGCACCUGAAGGAACCGCUGCUGACGCUGGAGGGUCAUGGGAAGAAGGUCUCAUUUAGCACCUUCAACCCCUGCGCAUCGAAUAUCGUGGCCUCCACCGCCUUCGACCUGACCUGCAAAGUCUGGAAUCUCACGGAGCAGGAGGCAUCCUUCAGCAUCCCAGUGCCGGAGCAGGUCAUGCACAUCAAAUGGAACUACACCGGUUCCCUGCUAGCCGUGACCUGCAAGGACAAGAAGCUCCACAUUGUCGACCACAGGCAGAGCAAGAUGACGGCGGCUUGCAAAAUCUGCGAUGGACCGAAGCCGACGAAGGUGGAGUGGCUUGGCAGCUCGAAUCCGGAGGAUUGCAACAUGCUCGUCACCACGGGCUUCUCGUCACAGGCCGAGAGGCAAAUCAACCUCUGGGACAUGAGAAAGCUGCCUGCAGAUGGCCAGGAGAGCGUGGCGGCAAUGGCUUCCCUGAACGUCGACCAGGGGACUGGGGCCUUGUACCCGUACUUCGACCCAGGCACGCAGAUGCUUUACAUCGCCGGCAAAGGCGACAGCAACGUUAGAUUCUUUGAGGUGACAAACGCAGACCCGUUUCUCCACUACCUCGAGGCAUACAAGUCAACUGUUCCGCAGAAGGGCUUCGAUUUCCUCCCAAAGCGGUGCGUGGAUGUCAGCGUUCACGAGGUCAUGCGUGGCCUCAAGCUGGAAACUAGUUCCAUCCAGCCAGUGUCCUUCCGCGUGCCGCGGAAGAGUGAAGCCUUCCAGGAGGAUAUCUUCCCCGACUGUCCUGCUGGCGUUCCAAACAUGAACGCCGACGAGUGGGUUUCCGGCCAGGAGUGCAAGCCUCCAACGCUCACCCCGAUGAGGCCGGGCACCAUGCGGACUCAGGGCAAUGCUAGCAGCGCCCCAGCGGUGGUGUCUGUGAAAGAUCUGAAAAAACAGCUUGCGGAGGCGCAGGCGCGGAUCACGGUGCUGGAGGCGGAGAAUGCGUCGCUGAAGGAGGAGCUUGCAAAGGCGAAAGCCGGCUAG